AAUUAGUUAAAAACUUUUACUUUACCAAGAAAAUAGUGUAAUCUUCCGAAAAUAUUAGGCCAACUUGCAUUCUCAAUUCUCUGCUUCUCUCUACCGGUACAUCAUAACAGCUCAAAGACUUCAGCCGUAAAAUGUUCACAACAAGUCCUGGGUCCUCCUCCUCAGUUCCGAAUCAGACUCGACCUGCACUUCCCACGCAAGAUCCCACCCUCUCUUAACCCAUGUUUCAGCCUCCAUCACAGUACACCAGCCCACCUUCGCAGAAAAUUCCCUAAUCCCCCUCCCUUGGCAAUCUCUCUGUGUCGUCGUUUGUUGGAAAUAUGAGUUCGUGGGCAGCAGCUUUGAGAAAUGCCUCCUCUCCUCGGAAAGCACUACAUUUAUAUGCUCACAUGCACCGCAACGCGGUUCAUUUUGAUAGUUUCUGCAUUCUCUUCACCUUAAAAUCUUGUACUUCUCUGCAGAACGCCGCCAUUACUCGUCACCUUCAUGCCCAUAUCGUGAAGCUUGGCUUUAGCUCUCACGUCUAUGUAGCAACAUCUCUCCUGAAUGCCUACAUUGCUGUUUCCUUUCCGGAUGCUUGCCUAUUGUUCGACGAAAUGCCCGAGAAAAGCAUAAUAUCGUGGAACUCGAUGAUUACCGGAUAUUCAAGGUUAGGGGAUAUCCCAGGAGCACGGUCAGUUUUCGAUGAAAUGCCGCACUGGGACGUGGCUUCGUGGUCUGCCAUGAUUGCUGCUUACGCGAAUAAUGGAUAUUAUCAACCAGGUUUAUCACUCUUUCGAAGUAUGGUGGCGGGUGGGAGAUUUAGACCGGAUGAAAUCACUGUCAAUUCAGUUUUAUCAGUUUGUGCCCACAUGGGCGCUCUUGGAUUAUUAGCCGGGAAAUCUGUUCAUGGUUUCAUGGUGAAGAAUGGAUGGGACUUGAGUGUGGAAUUAGGUACCGUUCUAGUUAACAUGUAUGCUAAAUGUGGGUUUUUGAAAUUUGCUUCCCAAGUUUUUGCACUGAUGCAAGAAAGAAAUGUCAUAUCUUGGACUUCACUGAUCUGCGGCUUCGCCCAGCAUGGGUACAACGAAGAAGCAUUAACCAUAUUUGAGAAGAUGCAGCUAGCGGGAAUCAGACCCAAUGAACUGACUUUCACAGGAGUGCUCAGUGCUUGUGUUCACGCUGGGUCAGUCGGGGAGGGACGUGAGUAUUUCAAGAUGAUCGAAAGGCACGGGCUAGAACCAAGGAUCCAACAUUAUGGAUGCAUGGUUGAUCUGCUUGGGAAAGCAGGGAAGCUAGAGGAAGCUUACGAGGUGAUCAGAGCAAUGAAGCUUGAACCAAACGUCGUCGUGUGGGGAUCUUUCUUGUCGGCUUGCAAGGAGCACGGGCAGUUUGAGAUGGCUGAGAGAGUGAUUGGGCAGGUCUUGAGGAUGGUAAAACCAGAAAAUGAUGGAGGGAUGUACACGCUCAUAUGUGAUUUGUAUGUUUUGGGGCAGAAGAGGGAAGAGGCUGAAAGGUUGAGGAAAUUGAUGAUUGAUUCCAACGUGAGGAAGUCCAGGGGCUCUAGUUUUGUCAGAACCUUGCUCGGAUAGUCCUCUCAUUUUUAUCCCAUCCUCAGUACAUAUUAAACUACU